CAGAGAAAAUGGGUUUCGUUUGAACCAAAAAACUUAUCUUUUUUUUCGGGAAAAAAAUCAUGGGAUAGGAAAAACCGAGGGAAACUUGUGGUUUAAUGACGGUAGGAAAAUUCCUUAUUCUCUGAAUUUGUCCGACAAUUUUACGAUCAUACAUUCUCCUUAAACUUCUCAGAAUUCCCGUUUUUCACCGUAAAGAUUCGAGCUUUGAACGGAAACUGUUGCGUAAAGGGUUUUUCCUUUUGGAUUAUACGAUCAUAACCGAUUAGUGAGGACCAUAAUUUGAAGACAAGAUUUUACCAGGAACUCUGGUUCUUUGCGUUUGGUGUAAUGUGAUGUGAUGUUCGUUCAUGAUUACGGAUAUGGUGUUACAGAAUAGGUUGGACUAUGGAUUUAAUGGCUACCAAGUACCUGCUAUGCCUCGAGCUACCAGAUCAGCUCGGAGGAGGGGUACGGUUCAGAAGAGAGUUGCGGAAAAUAAAAUGUGUGCGUUUGACUUAUUGGCGACUGUAGCUGGCAAGUUAUUGCAGGAAGAGAGUUCUCCCACGUCGAGUAAUACAUCUAGUGCAAAAGAUCAAUGUUUGAUUGUUAAGCAAGAUGCGAAGGAUGAAAGUAAGGCAUUGAAUGUGGAACCUUGUGACCAAGGAAGUUGUGACGGGAAGUUGUUUGUUUCGGAGCCUGUAUUACAGGCUCAUGAUGAAAACAACUGCUCUAAGGAGUCUUCAUUUCCUCAAAACGAUGACCAUUCAGUGUUGACUUCUAUACUGCCAACUUCUAAUUGCUCCGAGAGGUUAGUAACUAAAAAUAUUGGUGAUGGAAAUAUUAAGAAUGAAAUAGGAAGCUUUUGUAGCCAAGUACAAGAUGGCUCGUCUAUGUACAGGGAGUCUGGUAUCUGUAAAUUAGAUGGUGAAGCUAAGACACUUGUAAAAGAUGAGUCAAACAAUAAUAGAGAAGUGCUAAUUGGCACGGGGGCUGAUACGGGCAGUUCAGAGGAUCCGGUGGUCUCCCGGGGUAAACCUCCUGCAUUGCUCAGUUCAGACAGUAGUGCCAAGGCACCUUUGUGUGUGGACCACGUGCCCGCAAACUCACUUCCCUCAACCAGGGAUGAUGUAAAAGUAGUUAGUAGAGAUGAUGACGAAAACUCCUCUGGGUGUACUCAUCCAAGCAUUAGAUCCAAGCGCUUUAGACAAGCUCCACGGAUUGGAGACAGAAGGAUAAGGAAAAUAUUGGCUUCUAAACAUUGGAAAGUAGGGCCGAAGUUUAAGGAUGAGACACUUCCGAAUCCUGGUGAGAUGAUCAAACCAAUUUACCGUAAUCGGAAAGACUGUUACAAGCGCCAACGAUCUCAAAUGACUGUUCCUUUCAAGAAGAGGAAACUAUUUGAUCGUAGCUCAGUUUGGACCUCUGAUGGAGGUAUUAAUGAUGAGAGGUUUUUUAACUCACCUGAGAAGGGCAUUGGUGAUGCCUCUGAAUCAUGUGUGAAGUUGCAAGGAGGAAAUGGGACGUGCUCAAGAGCUGGUCAAAACACAUCAUUCCAAUGCAGGGAUUCUCACGUGAAACUAAGGAUCAAGUCUUUUAGAGUGCCAGAGCUUUUUAUUGAGAUUCCAGAGACUGCAACUGUUGGUUCACUGAAGAGGACAGUUAUGGAAGCAGUGACAGCAAUACUUGGAGGCGGGUUACGUAUUGGUGUCCUUCUUCAGGGAAAGAAAGUCAGAGAUGACAACAUAACUCUGCAGCAGACUGGAAUUUCUCACGACAAUGAGCUUGAUUCUUUGGGAUUUACUUUGGAGCCUAAUCCUUCACAAAGUUCUACACCUUUGUGCACUGGAGAUUCUCCUCAUUUCCUUUCUGGUGACGCACCUCAGCCCCUUAUAAGGUAUUCUCCCAAUCCAUCCAUUGUUGAUCAGGGCACUUCCAACGUUUCUCAGGAGCCUCAUGCCGCCAAUUUAGGGAACUUAGUUGAAAGUGAUCAUGAUUCAGCACCUUCUCCAACUGACAUGUCAGUAGACAAAAGUACAGCAGAUUUGAAAGCAUUGGUUCAUGUACCAGAAAUGAGUGUAGAUGCCUUAGCUGUUGUUCCACCACCCCGGAAAUCCAAGCGAGCUGAGAUUGCUCAGCGUCGAAUCCGUCGACCAUUCUCUGUUAAUGAAGUAGAAGCACUUGUUCAAGCGGUUGAGAAACUUGGAACCGGAAGGUGGCGUGACGUUAAACUACGAGCGUUCGAUAAUGCAAAGCACAGGACAUAUGUGGAUCUGAAGGACAAGUGGAAAACACUUGUGCACACGGCAAGAAUAUCCCCUCAGCAAAGAAGGGGAGAGCCCGUCCCGCAGGAGCUUCUGGACCGAGUCCUGACCGCACACGCGUAUUGGUCCCAGCAGCAAGCGAAACAACAGCUCAAGCCGCUGCCAGAGACGUGUCUUCUCUUCUAAGAGAAGAGUCAAGAGAAGAGUCUUUUCUGCAGAGAGCUGAAAAAAAUGCAUGCUUGAAAGAUGAUGUAGAAAGAAACGUAGGAUUGUAGGAAAAGACGAUAUCUAGAUUGUCUAAUUAAUUUCAAUGUGAAUUUUUUUUUUUUUUAAUUUUUUUCCAUGUAUUUUUGUUAAUGAUGUAAAAAGUAAUGACAAAGGGAGGGAUAGAGAUGUCUUUGAAGGAAAUUGUGUAAUAUUUGGGUUGCUCUUGGUGCAUGUAAAUGGUUGACAAUUUGACGGAAUAAGAAAAGCCAUUGCUAACGGAAUUCAUUUUA